AUGCGUAUUCCCGUAGACCCGAGCACCAGCAGGCGCUUCACACCCCCCUCCACGGCCUUCCCCUGCGGUAAGAUGGGCGAGAACAGCGGGGCGCUGGGGGCCCCCGCGCCGGGCGCCCGGGCUCGGCCCGAGGUCCGCUCCGUCGUGGAUGUACUGGCCGACCACGCCGGCGAGCUGGUGCGCACCGACAGCCCCAACUUCUUGUGCUCGGUGCUGCCUUCCCACUGGAGGUGCAACAAAACCCUGCCCGUGGCCUUCAAGGUCGUAGCCCUCGGAGAUGUACCCGAUGGGACGGUGGUGACGGUGAUGGCUGGGAAUGAUGAAAAUUACUCUGCAGAGCUCCGCAAUGCCUCCGCCGUGAUGAAAAACCAAGUGGCGAGGUUUAACGACCUCAGAUUUGUUGGGAGAAGUGGCAGGGGAAAAAGCUUCACCCUGACGAUCACGGUGUUCACGAACCCCACGCAAGUCGCUACCUACCACCGAGCCAUUAAGGUCACCGUGGACGGACCCCGGGAGCCGCGCAGGCACAGACAGAAGCUAGAAGACCAAACCAAGCCCUUCGCCGACCGCUAUGGGGAGCUGGAACGCCUGCGGCAGUCCAUGAGGGUCACCCCAACGACACCCAACCCUCGUGGGUCCCUCAGCACCCCCAGCCACUUCAGCUCUCAGGCACAAACUCCAAUACAAGGCACGUCAGAUCUGAGUCCCUUCUCUGACCCCCGACAGUUUGAUCGCUCCUUCCCAACGCUGCCAGCUCUCACCGAGACCCGCUUCUCUGACCCACGGAUGCAUUACCCCGGUGCCAUGUCCGCGGCCUUCCCGUACACCGCAACACCCUCCGCCACAGGUAUCGGUGGCAUCAGCAUGACCAGCAUGCCCACCACAACUCGCUUCCACCACACCUACCUGCCGCCUCCCUACCCCGGCUCCACGCAAAACCAAAGUGGACCCUUCCAGGCCAACCCCUCUCCCUACCACUUGUACUAUGGCACAUCAUCGGGCUCCUACCAGUUCUCCAUGGUGGCAGGUGGUGAGCGCUCGCCCACCCGGAUGCUGUCUUCUUGUACAAGUGCCUCGGCAGGGAACAACUUAAUGAAUCCCAACCUGGGCAAUCAGAACGACGGGGUGGAUGCAGACGGGAGCCAUAGUAACUCACCAACAACCAUGACGACUACUGGGAGGAUGGAUGAAUCAGUCUGGAGACCUUACUAGGAGGAACUCAACCAGGCCCUGAUAGUGUUAACCUAAUCAAACAGCCACCGUUACGUUACUCCUUUUGUUAGUGAUUAGAGCAAAAUGAUGCCCAAGGAAAAGAUAAAGCAAAGUCUCUCAAACCGAAAGUCAACCAGGAUCCUUUGCAUGCAAACAUGGGUAAGCAUCAAGUGAAGAUGGACCAGGAUCUGCAUUACAUUUCAAGGUGAACAUCCACGAGGCUUGAAUUUGUUGC